AUGUUGCCUAGCAAGCCGAAACAUUUUCGCGGCAUAAUUUAUUACAACUUUCAGAGACAAUUAUCGCAACAAGAAUGCCUUGCUGAGUUACUGUCUGUUUUCGACAACGAAGCGCCACAUCAGUCGACAAUUUCCCGUUGGUAUGGAGAAUUCAAACGUGGACGGGUGAGUCUUAGCGACGAUCCCAGGGUGGGUGCACCAAAAACGGCAGUCACCCAGGAAAACGUCGAUGCCGUGCGCAAACUCAUCAUUGAAGAUAGACAUGUGACAUAUCGUGAUAUUGAGGCGUCCUUGAAGAUCUCAAAGACCUCAAUUCAAAAAAUUUUACAUGAAGCAUUAGGAGUAAGAUUAGUUUCUCGUUGGAUACCCCACCUGUUGACUGAAGAGCAGAAAGCAGCCAGGGUUAAUUUGUGUCAAAAAACGCUUGACCGUUUUAAUUCCGGAAACUCAAAAAAUGUGUACAGCAUUGUUAGUGGUGAUGAAUCGUGGAUUUACUCGGACCAUAUUGCAACAAUUCCUCUUAAUGAGCAAAGAACUGUUACUGCGGAUUCGUAUACCACCAUUUGUUUGCUAAAAGUCAUCACCGAGCUUCGAAAAAUCAACCCCGAAAGAAGAAUCAUCCUCCACCAAGACAAUGCAAGCUCGCACACAGCCCAAAAAACAAGGCAGUAUUUAACGAAAGAAAACGUGGAAUUAUUGGACCAUCUUCCAUAUAGUCCCGAUCUAAGUCCUAGCGAUUUCUUUACUUUCCCGAAAAUGAAAAACAGACUUCGUGGUCAAAGGUUCCAGUCACCAGAAGAAGCAGUUGACGCAUUCAAAAAUGCCGUUUUGGAUCUGCCAGCAAACGAGUGGAAUAAGUGCUUCGAAAAUUGGUUCGAACGCAUGCAAAUGUGUAUUAAUCUUCGUGGAGAAUGCUUCGAAAAACUAGCGAGGAAUGAGUUUGCACUCUGGGAUCAGGAAUGGAACAGUAUUGUCUUUAGUGACGAGUCUCGAUUUUGUUUAGGCAUGCACGAUGGUGACGUGUUUUUUGUUGAAAGACAUGUUCAUCACACUGUUGGAGUUAUGGUUUGGGGUGCUAUAGCUUAUGGUUCCAGGUCACCUUUAAUCUUCAUCAGAGGUAACAUGAACGCGCAGCGUUAUAUCCACGAAGUUCUAGAACCCCAUCUUUUACCCUAUCUUGACACCCUGGCAGAUCCAACUUUCCAACAAGAUAAUGCCCGACCACACGUUGCAAGAGUCACAAUAGACUUCUUUCAACAUAAUGAUGUCACAUUGUUACCAUGGCCACCAAGAUCUCCCGACUUAUCCCCAAUUGAGCACGUGUGGGAUAUGAUGGGUAGGAGAUUGCUCAAUUUGCAACGUCCUCCUCAGACUCUAGAAGCACUUCGAGAGGAGUUGGUGGUUGCCUGGAAUGAGAUACCACAAGAGGACAUUGACCACCUGAUCAGAAGCAUGCCUAGGCGCGUUGGAGAAUACGUAGCACAUCAGGGUGCAUCCACACAUUAUUAA